AUGGAAGGCGCACGAGAUAGACUAGAUAAAUUGGUUCAUGACCUAAAAGAUGUUUGUUUGUUACUUGACGGGGUCGAAAGCGACCAAUUUGCUAUGCAUGAUGUUAUUCGUGAUGUUGCCAUAACAUUUGCACAUGAGGAGCACCAUGUGUUUACAACAAGAAAUGACGUUGAACGAGAUUGGAAGGAUAGAGACAAACUCAAGAAAUGCACAAUGAUCUCUUUACCAAGUGAAAAUACUAUUAUUAGUCAACUUUGGCCUAACGAUUUGGAUUGUCCAAAUCUUGAAUAUUUCAAUAUGACUUAUAUAUGGAACUUUUCUUUUAAAAUCCCGGAGGGCUUUUUUACGGUGAUGCCAAAGCUUAGAGUAUUGAAUUUGGUUCGACUACAACAAACGUCAUUGCCAUCAUCAAUUCAUCAUUUGAAAAACCUUCAAACAUUGUGUUUAGAUAAGAGCAACAUUGAAGGUGUUCCUAUUAUUGGAAAGCUUAAUAAGCUAAAGGUCCUUAGCUUACGAAAUUCUUACAUUAAGGAGUUUCCCACGGAAAUGGGUCAAUUAACUCAACUAAGACUGUUAGAUUUGAGCAAUUGCCGUAAUUUGAAAGUUAUUGCUCCAAAUGUGAUAUCAAAAUUAUCCAAUUUGGAAGAACUUUAUUUGAAGGAGUGCCCUAUUCAGUGGAAGAUUGAAGUGCUUGAGGAAUUGAAGCUCUUGUCUAACCUCGCUAGUGUAGAGUUGGAUAUUGAAGAUAACAAGGUUAUUUUUCCUGAUUUAAAGGUCCUGGUAUUGAUGAAUAUUAUUUCUAGAAAGAUUUGGGACUGUCAACUUCCAUCUUCCUCCUUUGAAAAUUUGAAAGAAUUGACAUUGCGGAGAUGUACAAAGAUAAAAUUUGUGUUUCCUUAUACCAUAACCAAAAACCUCCAGCAACUCCAAUACCUUGAGAUAAAGGAUUGUAUUGAUUUAGAGGAAAUUGUUGCUAUAGAAGAAAUAACUGAAGCAGCUGCCAGUGUUGUCUUUCCUGAAGUAACCUUUUUGGAGCUUGAAAAUCUACCGGAACUUGCAACUUUUUAUCCUAGAAUACAUACUUUGGAAUGGCCAAAGUUGAAAAGGUUGGAGAUGAAAAGUUGUGACAAAUUUAAGAUAUUCAAUUCAGAGCCAAAUUCUUUGUGCUUGGACCAUAAGGUUAUCUUUCCUAAUUUAAAGGUUCUCGAAUUGAAGAGUAGUCUGGGAGAGAUUUGGAACAAAGAAUCUUCAACUUAUUCUUAUGAAAAUUUGACACACUUGACCCUAUUUGAAUGUGAUAAAAUAAAAUAUGUAUUUCCUUUGUCAAUAGCCAAAAGCCUCCAACAACUCCAACACCUUAAGUUAACUAGUUGUAAGGUUUUAGAGGGAAUUGUUGCUCCAGAAGAAGGAACAAAAGCAGUUGUCAAUUUUUCCUUUCCGCAGGUAACCAAAGUGAACCUUCUAUUUCUACCAGAGUUUACAGAUUUUUAUCCUGGAAUACAUACUUUAGAAUGGCCGAAAUUAAAAGAGUUGAUGGUCAGAGAUUGUCCUAAAUUUAAGAUGAUCUCUUCAGAGCCAAAUGUCCCGUGCUUUGACCAAAAGAUCAAUCAUGAUUGA